AUGCAGAACGAGCAGCUCACGAACGUCGAGAGACUUCACUACCUCCGUUCGUCGGUGGAAGGCGCGCCAGCUCAGCUGAUCGCAGGAUUCAUCAUGGCAGGAGGCUCGCUCACGCCGUCCUGGGAGUUACUCAAGGACAGAUGCUUAUGGGCAAAUCAUCAAGCCCAAUUUCAUUCGGCAUUCUCCACUCAUGCCGAUAGCGCAAUCUCCAUUUUCGGAUGGCUCGUUCUUGGACCUGUCAAUAGGGAAGCAACACGCACAUCAACGCACCAUGCCUCUACUCAAAUCAACGAGGAUGCUCUCAACGAGUUAUUGACGAAAUUUUGGAAUCAAGAGGAGGUGCCUACUCACGAUGUCACUCAGCUCACUCCUAACGAGCAGAGGUGCGAGAAGCACUUCAAUACUACACACUCUCGUGAUUCUUCAGAGAAGUACAUCGUCAGGAUUCUACUCAAUUCACCAGACGAUCUUUUGGGUGAUUCUUACAACGUCGCUCAUCAAUGUCUGAAGGGAUUACGCAGACGAUUCUCAAGGGAUGUGAAUUAUCAACGUCUCUAUCAACAAUUCAUGAUUGAUUACGAGACACUCAACUACAUGACGAAGGCAUCAUCCAUCUCCAGUCAUCGCUCACAUUUUCACCUGACACAUCACGGUGUUCUCAAGCCGGACAGUAUUACAACGAAACUGCGGGUGGUUCUUAAUGGCUCUAGCGCAUCCACAUCAGGCUACUCUGUCAACGACCUCAUGUACACUGGAGCAAAAUUACAUCUGAACAUCUCAGAGGUUCUACCAUGGAUACGAAGACAUCGUCACAUGUUCGCUACGGACAUCACCAAAAUGGACAUACAGAUUCAGAUUCACAAGGAUGACUGGGAGUUACAGCGGAUACUCUGGAUGGACAAUCAGCUCAAUGAGGUGCCAUAUCAUUCAACAACGGUCACUUACGGGACGAAGGUCGCACCAUUCUCAGCCGUACGGACCUUGUUCCAAUUAGCAGAAGACGAAGGACAUAGUUUCCCACUAGCUGUGCCAUCCAUCACUCAUGACAGGUAUGUCGAUGACAUAUUUGAUGGUGCAGAUACAAUACAACAAUUGCAGGAGGUCGCACAUCAACUAAAGGGCCUCUGCAUGGCGGGCGGCUUCCCACUGGCAAAAUGGCAUGCAACUCAUCUCGACAUACUCAAGACUGUCACCGACAGCGAAGACCAAGGCUCACAAGUCACCUUCGACGAUUGCGCAACCAAGAUACUCGGACUCAAAUGGCUCCCUCAAGAAGAUACUUUUGCAUUCUCAAUCCGAAGCUCACGCUCAGAAGACAGACUCACAAAACGCCUCGUCUUAUCUGAAGUGGCUCAGAUACUCGAUCCACUUGGUUUUGCAUCACCUGUCGUGAUCAAGGCCAAAAUUCUCUUGCAGGAGCUGUGGCUGCACAAGCUCCAAUGGGAUGAUCCACUGCCAUUCCAGCUCUCAGCCCGGUGGCUCAUCAUCAGAGAAGAACUCACAAGCUUGGCCAAGCUCUCAAUACCACGGUGGCUCAACACGUGGAGCGACUCGCAAGUGGAACUUCAUGGAUUCUCUGAUGCUUCUCAAUUGGCAAUGGCUGCAGUCAUAUACAUAUCCGUUCACGACUCAAACGGCGCCACGUUUUCACUUGUGUGCUCCAAGACUAAGGUAGCACCUCUCAAGCGGCUCUCAAUCCCGCGACUGGAACUCACAGCUGCUCUACUGCUCUCUCGACUCAUGCAAUACGUCAAAGCCACUUUGAACAUGGACGUUACGGCAACGCAUAUGUGGACGGACUCUCUCGUAACACUUUCGUGGAUCAGAUCUCAUGCAUCACGCUGGAAGGAUUUUGUCAGGAACAGGGUGGCUCAAAUUCAAGAGCUCACUCCAGCUGCUCACUGGAGAUACAUACCUGGAACUUCCAACCCGGCUGAUUGCGCAUCACGAGGCCUCACGACCACUCAACUUCAAAACCACGCACUCUGGUGGACGGGACCACCAUGGAUACUCAAUUCAGACUCAUGGCCGUCGCAACCAGCACUCUCUGACGAGAUGAGUGCUACAGAAGCUCGCCCAGGCGUUUCGCUAUUGACGGUUACGCCAAGGACUGAAUAUCAAUGGGAACUCAUCUACAGGUACUCAAACCUCACUAAACUAUUGAGGAUUACAGCUCUCUGUUUCAGAUUCGUCUCACGGUUGAGGAAAGUCCACGACUCAUUGCCUGCAGCUCAAGCAACGCACUUCUCUCACGAGCUCAAGGCGCUACAAGCAGACUCACCGUUGGCAAGGGCACACGCAUUCAACAGAUUAACUGCGUACAUCGACGCUCAAGGAGUCAUUCGCGUCGGCGGACGACUCGCUCACGCAGCUCCUUCACUCGAUGCGAUACAUCCUGUACUAUUGCCUCGUCACUCUCAGCUAUCAUCAUUGAUCUUCGCUCACGCUCAUCAACGGACUCUACAUGGAGGCACGCAGCUUACGCUGUCGCACAUCCGACACCAAUACUGGAUUCUAGGCGGGAGGGCCCCUGUCAAGUCCCACAUUCUGCGGUGUGUCACGUGUGCUCGGCAGAGGGGGAUCCGUGCUCAUCAAUUGAUGGGCCAACUACCUCUCUCUCGGGUUACGCAGGCACGACCGUUCACUCACACAGGUGUGGACUACGCGGGGCCGCUCACCGUCAAAACAUGGAAGGGAAGAGGUGCCAAAACAACUAAAGGCUGGAUUUGCGUUUUUGUCUGCUUCUCAACCUCAGCAGUACACCUCGAGGCGGUCAGUGACUACUCAACGGAGGGAUUCAUUGCCGCCUAUCGACGCUUCUCAUCCAGACGCGGCAUUGCUCACACCUUACACUCCGACUGCGGCACCAAUUUCAUCGGCGCGGAUGCGGCUCUCAAAAGGCUGUUUAUCCAGAGCACUCAAGAACAUCAGCGAGUUUCUCACCUGCUCUCGCAAGAUAACAUUCGAUGGGAAUUCAAUCCCCCAGCGACACCUCACAUGGGAGGAAAAUGGGAGGCCGUCGUAAAAUCCAUCAAGUACCACCUACGGCGGACCAUUGGAGAAAGCGUGCUCACCUUUGAGGAGCUCACCACAUUGCUCACUCAAAUUGAGGCAAUUCUCAACUCGCGCCCUCUCGAACCAUUAAGUGACGACGCGGACGACAUCGCAGCAUUCACGCCAGGUCACUUCCUCGUAGGAAGUCCGCUCACCGCCAUACCAGAGCCCUCACUCACCGACCUGGAACAACGAGAUCAAGAUCGGAUCAUUGGUGCUCAUCAUCGACGAGCGGCUACCGCCAUGCAAAUGGCCGUUAGCCCGGAUCACGGCUCUACAUCCUGGGAAGGAUGGUCUAGUGCGGGUGGUGACUCUGAAGACAGCCACUACCACUCUCAUCCGACCAGUGGUCAAGCUCGCCGUCCUGCCAAUCUCAUCAUAACAUCAGGGAUCAUCAACUACGUUGCUGAUGGCGGGCGGAAUGUUCGAGAUUAA